GGCGACGAGACGGUUGUCGGGCUGGUGCCGUGCUGGAUCCUGGGCGGCCUGAGGGUUGCGGAGACUUUAGGGGAGGGAGACGGCAGCGGCAUGGCGGCCGGGUGUAAGACGCCCGACCCUCCUCUUCCGCGUCUUCGCCGCCCGCCGCUGGAGUCACUGGGACCCUCUAGUCUGCGUGUGUUAGUUUAAGCCCGCCGCCCGCCUGUGAGCCCUCCGCUCCGCCGGCCCUCCUUCCUUCCGCCGCCGCAGCCAGCCCAAGGGUCGGCCGGCUGUGUAACACUCUCCCACCCCACCCACCAGCCCGCGGGCCAGCACCAUGGAGGACAUGAAGCUGGAGUUCCCUUCCCUUCCACAGUGCAAGGAAGACGCCGAGGAGUGGACCUACCCUAUGAGACGAGAGAUGCAGGAAAUUUUACCUGGAUUGUUCUUAGGCCCAUAUUCAUCUGCUAUGAAAAGCAAGCUACCUAUACUACAGAAACAUGGAAUAACCCAUAUAAUAUGCAUACGACAAAAUAUUGAAGCAAACUUUAUUAAACCAAACUUUCAGCAGUUAUUUAGAUAUUUAGUCCUGGAUAUUGCAGAUAAUCCAGUUGAAAAUAUAAUACGUUUUUUCCCUAUGACUAAGGAAUUUAUUGAUGGGAGCUUACAAACGGGAGGAAAAGUUCUUGUGCAUGGAAAUGCAGGGAUCUCCAGAAGUGCAGCCUUUGUUAUUGCGUACAUUAUGGAAACAUUUGGAAUGAAGUACAGAGAUGCUUUUGCUUAUGUUCAAGAAAGAAGAUUUUGUAUUAAUCCUAAUGCUGGAUUUGUCCAUCAACUUCAGGAAUAUGAAGCCAUCUACCUAGCAAAAUUAACAAUACAGAUGAUGUCACCACUCCAGAUAGAAAGGUCAUUAUCUGUUCAUUCUGGUACCACAGGCAGUUUGAAGAGAACACAUGAAGAAGAGGAUGAUUUUGGAAACAUGCAAGUGGCAACUGCACAGAAUGGCUGACUGAAGAGCAACAUUAUAAAGUGUGAAUUUCUAUUUGGGAAGGAGAAAAUACAAGAGACAAUUAUAAUGUAAAAUGGUAAAAACAUAAGUAGGUUUUUUUUCAAUUACAUGUUGCUUCCAGACAUACUUCUCUGCAACUUGUUGAGCAACAUUUUAAGAUGUUGGACUUCUGCAGUAGAUGGCACUGAUGGUUUUACUCCUUUAAAAAAAAAACACACACACACACACACUUUACAAGUUUUAUUAUAAACCAAGAAUUUUGGACUUGCAAAGAGGUAUUAUUGCAAUAAUGCACUUUUCAUACUUGAAGUUUAUUUGUAUGAUAUAAAGUUAUUACUUUAAACAAAAUGCAAGUAUGGGGGGAUUGUUUAUAAAGUUUGGGUAAUUUAUAACAAAAGAAUUUGCUAAGGUUUGCUAAAAAUUCAUUUUUCUGUUCUAUAUAUUACAUUUUUAACAUAAUUUUACAGUUCAGUUUUAUGAUGGAGCCUCUUACAGAAACAUUAACAAAAUGCAGGAACCUGCCACAUUUCUUUUUUAGUAUAACUUAAUAGCUUAAUUACCAUUUUAUUUUUUAUACUUCUUGUUCCAUUAUUAAUCUUUAAAUCAUGACCCUAAUUAGCUGUCCUUACUUUAACGUGAUCUAAUUAUUGCUUCCUUUCUUAUUACUUUCCUAAUUUGUUUAUUCUAUAUUAAAGAAAACUACAGUUUCAAUGAUAAAAGGAAAAUGUUUUCAUUUAUAGUACCAAGUGCUUAAAAACAAGGAUAGUGUCAGAUUUUCAAGUGACUUUCCUUUUUGCAUUUUUUGGCGGUGAAAGCCAAAUGUUGUAUUUGUUCUUUUCAGAGUUGUCCAGCCCUUUUUUCCUUUGUCCAAAAUGAUUCUAAAUAAAUUAGAUUCUAAAUGAAUCUAAUAAACCAAUGUAGCACCAUUUUUUUCUAAAUGAAGCCCCAAAAAAGAAAAGUGCCUUGCAUCGUUUUUAAAAAACUUAAAUCCUCAUGACCUCUAAAUUAGUAUGUAGAACACUGAAAAGUUCUUAACAUUUUUGUGUAAUUUCCUUUCUUUUUAAGCCAUAAAUUAGUUUAAACUGAAAGUAUGAGACUGGAAGAAACAUUAGUAAAUAUUUGGAAUAUAGAAUGUUUACUCUUCGCUUUUAUGUUGUCUUAAUGAUUCUGUGAGAUUGUUCCGGCUCAGACAGAAGCUUUUCUUUGGGGAAGGUGAUUUGUGGGAGACUCUAUUGUAUUUUAAAUUGGCAUUUUAAUCCAUUCUUGACAUUCAGUUAGUCCAUAUCUGCCCUAUAAUUUGCUUUAGUAAAGUCACUUUAUGGAUUUUUGGCUAUAUUUUAGUUUGUGUGUAUAAAAGUUCUAAGAAAACACUUUUGCUAUUUUAAGUAUGUAAGGGAAGAGAGGAGUGUUUUUAACUUUUUAUAGUGGAUGACUUUAGGGUAGCACAAACAAAACUCCUUUGUAUCUAACUUUUCUCAAUCCUCUCUUGAGGUGCUUUACUAAUGGGAAUGAUUUCUCUAUGUUCCCUUGGUACCAAGAGGUACUAUGCAAAGUACCCUAUUAUACCAAGUUACUUGUUUUGCUUUCCUCUCUAUGAUGUGAUAAUACAGUAAAAGCUUUCUUAUCCAGCAUAGUGGGAGAGUAGAGAUUAAUUAAAAUUGUUAAUUAAGAGUUAAUUCUUAUUGACCCAGGUGAUAUUCCUCUUCUGAUUUCCCUCCCCUUCCCUUCUCUUAUCUUACAACUGUGAAAACAGCAUAUUGUUAAUCUGGUUGUCAUCCAGUAUUCUGCUUUGUGAUUAGGUCCUUUGGUGUGCAAUGGUCUAGUGGGGUCAAGAUUUGCAUUGGGUUUUCUAAAAUUCCAGUUGAUAAAAGUUCCAGAUAACACAGCUUUCCUGUAUAUAGAUCACUACUGGGCAGGUCAGCAAAGAUCUCUUACAGUGUAAUAACAAUCUGUGAUACUUAAUUUAGCAGAAACUCUGCUUAAAAGAAUCUUCAUAAUAGUAAGUUUAGGUUUUAAAAACUUGUUUCAUAAAUAUACAUAUAUCCAAUCUAGUAACCUGGCCAAAAGAACAGAUUUUGUUAUUGAUAAUUUGUAGCUGGUAAUUUUCCACUUUUUCUAUCCACUGUAAUUUUUAUGUUGUCACUAAAGUGCCUGCCCAGUACUGUAUAUUAGUCUCUCACAAACACUGGGAAAAGGGACUCUCAUCAUCUUGAGUACUCUAGAGAUAUAGAUAUAUAUUUUUUUUCUUUUUUUUUUUUUUUUUUUUUUUUGAGACAGAGUCUCUAAUGUCACCCAGGCUGGAUUGCAGUAGCGCAAUCUUGGCUCACUGCAACCUCCACCUCCCCGGUUUCAAGUGAUUGUCCUGCCUCAUCCUCCCGAGUAGCUGGGAUUACAGUCGCAUGCCACCAUGCCUGGCUAAUUUUUGUAGUUUUAGUAGAGAUGGGGUUUCACCAUUUUGGCCAGGCUGGUCUCAAACUCCUGACCUCAAGUGAUCCACCCACCUUGGCCUCCCAAAGUGCUGGGAUUAUAGGCUUGAGCCACUGCGCCCGGCUGAGUACAAUAUUAAUGCAGACAAACCAUUAAGUUUAUUCUUUCAUAUAGGAAUAUUACAAGUUUGUUUUUCUUACAUCUGUCUACCUAAUGUUCAAGUAGUUCUGGUAGCUCUUCCUAUUCUUUAUUCUAUUUGAUUCCAUUUCUGUGAUUCCUUUAUUACCACUGAUGUUUUGUGAUAGUUAACUAUGAUAAAUUUAAUCAUGAUUUAUUUUCUAGAGUAUUUAAAGUGGGAGUGAUCACCCAAUUCCAACAUUAAAAGUGUAAUCUGGGCCCAUAAUUUAUAGUGAAAUUGUUAUCAAAACAUAGGGAAACUGUAUUACUGUUCAUUUUGAAAAUAUGAAACUUGAGUAUUGAAAGUAUUCAAACCUGGAAUGGCAGUAUUCUAAUUUCAGUUAAUUGGUUCAUGUUAAUUUCUUACCUAUUAGAUGUUUAAACAGCAGUGUCCUUUGUUUACUUGUAUCUACUCUAUGGUGGAAAUGUUAAACCAUGAUAGCUUUUGCUACCAGCUCAACCACUUAACUUUUAGAACAGUUGUGGGGAGAUUUUAUGCUUCAUCUGAGUUUAGAAGUAAUGUCAGAAAAUGUUAAGCAUGUCCGUAUUAAGAAAAUAUAAGGUUUCUAAUUGUCUUAUUAAUAUGGUAAUUCAAGUGAAUUAGAAAUAUUUAACUGCAAUCUUGAAUUAUAAAGUUGAGAUAUAUAUGUAUCUCUCUCAAGAUCUCAACUUGAUGUAAAGUAAAUGAGCAGUUACCUGGCGGAUUUUUUUUUUAAUAACUGAUUUAAUCCAUAAUCUCAUAACAAACAUAGCUUCACCUCAGUAUUUUCUUUCUUUCUUCGUUCACCAGUGCUCCAAUAAGGGAAUGCUAGAAAAUAGGUGAGAAGUACUGAAAGACCUUUUUUUUUUAUUACUGAUUAGAAAAGUAAGGUCUCUAGGGUCUUCGAAUGCUGGAAUUUUUUUUUUUUUUUUUUUUUUUUUGUCUUUCCCAUCUGUGGCAGCUAAAACAAAAAUCACUCAAAAUAUUCAGGUUUACAUGUUAGCUCUCUCUCAUAGGGAGUUGCCAUACCUCACAGUUCAAAGUGUAUUCUAUAGAUCAGUAACAUUAUACUGACAUGUAAUUGCAGUUUACUAUGCAGCAAAAAUGAUUCAAGAAGAAAAAUAACCUACAGUGUCUAUAUACCUUUGUAUAUACAAUUGCUUAAGUUACUCUGCUUUUAACAUUUGUACUUGGAUAAAAUGCUUAUGUCUGUAUAGGAAUGUCACAGUGCAAGAUGCUGCUAGCCCAGGCACAAAGUAUUAAAAUUAUUUUGUGAAGAUUGGUGGUUGUAUUAAAACUGCUGUGCCAUUAUACCUCCAAAA